GCUUCAGGAAGAAUAAAUCAUAUGCGGAUCAAAUUUCAACGCUAUGCUACGCAUUAUCAUAGAACAGAGAAUAGAAUGGCAGUCCACUCAACUCUACCUCAACUUCAUCGACUUUGAAAAGGCCUUCGACAGCAUCAACCGAAAAGUAAUUUGGCAGGCAGUUGCUGCAACACUACUGAAUACCACAAAUCUUUAUCAACCUCAUUCAACAGCUAUAUGGAGAUGCCACAUUCCAAGUGAUUCACAAUGGGAGAAGCUCAGUGGCGCCUUUGAAGUGAAGACAGGAGACAGGAGUAAGACAAGACUGUCACCUAUUAUCACCCAUGAUCAUCCUGAUUGUGGCUGACUGAACUAAACUGGAUCAUGCAAGAAACAGUGAGUAGCAAGAAGAGGAGCAUACGCUGACAGAAGAGGCAGCGAAGAUGGGACUUCAAUUGAAUGUAGAGAAGACAGCAACAAGCAUCAAUCACCACCAACGCGAGAAACCUAAAGGAAGUAGCCUCUUUCACCUAACUUCCUAGGCAGCAUCGUUUCAACUACAGGCGGCACAGAUGAGGAUGUCAAAACCAGGAUCGGAAAAGUGAGACAGGCUUUCAUUA